AUGUCUGAUCACGGCGACAGCGAAGUUGAUCCUUCAGAGGAGAUCAACGUUGAUGAACUUGACUCGCGAAGUUGUUCUCCGCGUAAUUACAUCAACUCAACUGACAAUCAACAGAAUGAAGCACCGUCGGAAUGUUCAACAUCACCCCCACCGAUACACACUAAGACACCGAGUGAUACAUCACCCCGCAGUCAUCCGUUUAGUAUAAGUCGUCUCCUGGGUGAUGGUAGUGGUAGGAAUCAGGCAAAGAGUCCUAGCUCCGAUGAUCCAGACAGUGAUAAAGAACGAAGAUCCUCGUGGGUCUGGGAGGACAGUAACAAUCGCAACUCCAACGAGGAUGAGAGGAGAUCAUGGGGUGUCGAAUUGGAGGAAAAAAUGUCGGAGAAAGAUGAUGAUGACACAGGCAGUACUCCAGAUAUGCAUGCAACUGGUCAAAUGCAUCCAGCUGAUCUCCUGGCGCCAUUUCGACUUUUCCCAGGUGGUUCUGGUUUAAUAUACACGGGUGGUGGCGUCAUCAGGGUCCCGGCCCACAGGCCACCAGGACCAAAUGGCCCACCUGGGAACAGUCUCACCACUCAGGCAGGUCUUAUACCACCCUGGAGCCUUCAGGCGCUUCAACACAGUCAGCAGCAGGCUGCUGCUGCUGCUGCUGCUGCUGGUCUCCACAGGGCUAGUUUACUCGCCAAUCUUGCGCAUCCACUUCAAGCCCAUCCACAUCUCAAGGAUCGACUUGCAGUCGCCGGAGCUUUUCCUCGGAGAAUUGGCCAUCCUUAUCAAAACAGAACUCCACCCAAGAGAAAGAAGCCGAGAACGAGCUUUACGAGAUUACAAAUUGCGGAAUUGGAGAAACGCUUUCAUAAACAGAAAUACUUGGCGUCGGCAGAGAGGGCAGCUCUCGCCAAGUCCCUCAAGAUGACAGACGCCCAAGUGAAGACGUGGUUCCAGAACAGGCGAACAAAGUGGAGACGACAAACGGCAGAAGAGAGAGAAGCAGAGAGACAAGCGGCGAAUCGUCUCAUGUUAUCACUGCAAGCAGAAGCCCUGGGAAAAGUUGGUUAUCCAGGAGGGGUGAGCAGUCAUCCUGGCGGUGCAUCGGUUGCAAAUCUAGAUGGGCAAUCUUCAGCACCACCUCUCGGGCACACGGUUAACCAAUGGGCCUCACCCUAUGGCCCACCUCAACCCCUUACCGAGCCCAUCUGCUAA